AUGCCUUCCUUCCCUUUUGUCGUUGACGGAGUUUCGAAGCUAGCCGUUCGCGGUUACAGCUUCGGCGCCGAAUACUUGAACAACAACGCUCUCAACAAGCGUGGAGAUGAGCCUCCAAAGUUCCCUGAGAUGCCCGCCUGGGGCGCUGCCAUCAUCGGAGCUACUGCGCUCUUCUUCGUCUUUUUCUUGGCUUCUAUCCAAUACACCAUUGGCGAUGUCAUCAGCACCCUAGCGAUGAUCGAAACACCCGCUGCUGAAGUCACCUUUACUGAGUCCGACGAGCCGGAUAACACGCUGGACAAGGAGCAGAAGGAGCACCUUCUCGAGACCUCCCCAACCGUCACCAUCGCCCCUAUCAAGCCGAUCACGUCCAAUAUCAGAGGCACAAUCAAGCACCUCAGGUCCCAAGCAGGUCGAACAUCCAGGUGGCGUGGUAUCGUACCAGCUGUCAUCUACAGCUUUCUCGUGUCAAUCUCUUUCAACCUCGUACAGGCGAUUAUCCCGGGAGAGUUCGGUCUUCUUCGCAUGCCUAUCGUGAACUCCCUUGCCGCGCUGCCUCUCGCUCGUCUACACAUGGCCUGGACCCACGCCAUGAUCUCUCAACCAUCCAACCUCCGCUGGUACCAACGCAUCCAGCCCCUGUCCUCGUACAAGCAGCUUUGGCUUCCAACCAUCGUCUCGCACUCUGCUGCGAUAUACGCUGUCUACGCCACCGGGUAUUUCGCCGUCUUGAUCAGCCAACUGUUCCUCAGCGAUACCAUGGAUGCACUGACCGAAGGUAAGGCCGUAUCUGGAGCUGCUAUUACUGGCUCAAUCCUCAGCGUGUUCGCCAUCUUCUUCUUCGCCGUAUUCGCUGGACUUUUCAUAGUACUCCCAGCACAUGUCACACUAGUGCGGAUCGAGGCAUCGCUUCUCCCUGAAGAUCAGGACACCAUCGUACCUUUCGAUCGCUCUUUUGGUGGAAAGGUUGUUCCCAAGGUUCUUGGGGGAUCCGGUGCUGUCGGCUUUCUGGACGCAUGGAAGACCUUUAACUGGGAGGCCCGUCGCCGCUUGAUCAAGCUUUACGUCAAGAAUGCUGCUAUCCAAAUGAUGACGGUCUUCACCUUCGUGCAUUUGAUAGCCUUUGAGGCACUUGCAAUCAUGGGCAAGGAUAUCAAGCACUACAUGUGCAAGAUGAACAAGUAUCAAAAGGAGCACUCUCAGUAA